AAGUAUCCAUGUUCAGACACGCCAUGGGCCCCAUUUAUUUCAAUGGCCCGAGAGUAAUCCGCUGGUGACUGUGGGGGAGAUUUACUUAUGUAGAGAAAGAGUGGGGCAGUUGUCCAUAGCAACCAGAUUACUACUUUUUUAAUUCUUUUGAGGCCUUGUUUGAAAUGAAAGGAGCAAUCUGAUUGGUUGCUAUGGGCAACUGCACCACUCUUCCUCUACACAGGUUUUGAUAAAUCUCCCCCCAAUGUUCUGGUCAUUUCCUGAGCAUAGCUUGCAGAACUUUUCAGAAAGGGACAAUGCUCAGAUGCAUAUGGAAAAUGACCAGAACAUAGUCACUAGCUGACUACACUCAGGUCCUUGCCUGUCCGAGCACCGAUACGUCUGUAUGUCAUUUUGAGAGUUUUCCAACGUAUCCGUGCCUCGGAGGUGCAAAUCGUGAUGUGAACCUAGCCUUACAGCUUAUGAUAGGACUGUAGCUGAUAUCGCCCUUAUCGGAUUGGCUGUGAUGGGCCAGAACCUGAUCCUGAACAUGAAUGACCACGGCUAUGUGGUUUGUGCAUUUAACCGGACGGUUUCCAAAGUGGAUGAGUUUCUGGCCAAUGAAGCUAAGGGCACCAAGGUGGUCGGGGCUCAUUCUUUACAAGAAAUGGUCUCUAAGCUAAAGAAACCCCGGAGGAUCAUGAUGCUGGUGAAGGCCGGGCAGGCGGUGGAUGACUUCAUCAAUAGCCUGGUUCCGUUGCUUUCACCCGGUGACAUCAUCAUCGAUGGCGGCAAUUCAGAGUAUAAUGACAGCACGAGGCGCUGCAAGGAUCUGAAAGCCAAGGGCCUCCGGUUUGUUGGCAGCGGUGUUAGUGGAGGAGAGGAUGGGGCCAGAUACGGACCAUCUCUGAUGCCUGGAGGAGACAGCGAGGCCUGGCCUUAUAUUAAAGACAUUUUCCAGAGCAUCGCAGCUAAGGUUGGGAAGGAACCAUGCUGUGAAUGGGUGGGAGAAGAGGGCUCGGGACAUUUUGUAAAAAUGGUUCACAAUGGAAUAGAGUACGGUGACAUGCAGCUGAUCGCUGAGGCGUACCACCUGAUGAAGGACAUCCUGGGACUGUCACAGGACGAUAUGGCCAAGACCUUUCAGGAGUGGAACAAGACUGAGCUGGACUCUUUCUUGAUUGAGAUCACGGCCGACAUCCUUAAAUUCCGGGACACGGAUGGAUCUCCCCUGCUACCUAAGAUUCAGGACACCGCAGGGCAGAAGGGCACAGGAAAGUGGACCGCCAUCUCUGCUCUGGAUUUCGGGGUCCCUGUUACUCUCAUCGGUGAAGCCGUGUUUGCACGUUGCUUGUCGUCCCUGAAGAGUGAAAGGGUUGUGGCGAGCAAGCAGCUUCAAGGACCAAAACAGGCUCCAUUUAAAGGAGACAAGAAGGCGUUCCUGGAGGACAUCCGCAAAGCUUUGUAUGCAUCCAAGAUCAUUUCUUACGCACAAGGAUUCAUCCUGUUUCGUCAAGCAGCAAAGGAGUUUGGUUGGAAGUUAAACUAUGGAGGAAUUGCAAUGAUGUGGAGGGGUGGCUGCAUCAUCCGCAGUGUGUUCUUGGGCAAAAUCAAAGAAGCCUUUGACCGAAAUCCAGAUCUUCAAAACCUGCUGCUGGACGAUUUCUUUAAAAAAGAGAUGCAUAAUUGUCAGGAGUCCUGGCGCCGGGUGGUGAGCACCGGGGUGCAGCAGGGCAUCCCUAUGCCAUGCUUCACUACAGCACUGUCUUUCUAUGAUGGCUACAGACAUGAAAUGUUACCAGCAAACCUAAUCCAGGCCCAGAGAGAUUACUUUGGCGCUCACACCUAUGAGCUCCUGAGCAAGCCCGGACAUUUUGUCCACACUAACUGGACCGGUCACGGGGGCAACGUGUCUUCCUCAUCCUACAACGUGUAAAAAUGCACUUACCCGGUCUUAGAGCUGUAGAGAUUUACCUGGACCCAUCGUAGUCCCUGUCCUUAUGUGUUGUACAUGUGUGCAUUUUUUUUUUUUUUCUAAUCUCUUUAGUAUGAGAAUAAAUGGUUUUUAUAUG